CGGUUGCGCGAAAAGACUUCGGUUAUAUCAGUUAUUAUGCAAACUCACACACAAAAUCAUAAAGAUUCAAGAUGCGUAACAUUGGCGUCACCAAGAAAUUUGUACAAUUAUUUACUUCUACACAUUUACGAGAAAUUUGGAAAAAGAGAAAAGGACUUGUUUGAAUUCUGUUUUAGAGACGAUUUGCCAUGUUCAGUUCUUGAAUCGGGAGAUCCGUUGAAGUGGUUUAAGACCUUGGAGCAGCGAGGAAAGUUAUCGUGGAACGACGUUAAUUCCAUGGUAGAUUUCCUAAAACAAGCUUCGUGUGAUGACUUAGUAUCUGCAGCUCGACAUUACCAAGCGAGAAUUGGGGUUAUUCAGUUCUUUCAAAGGCAUCUUCAAGCAAAGUUACCUAAAUUUUGUUUGGGUAAGAUAUCAAAUAACAAUAUAUACGAUUGUCGUAUAACAAUAUAUACGAUUAUAUAUUUUUGUUGCAUAGCUACAUAUCUGAUGCUUAGUAUUCAUUCGUACUUACUUUUAACGUUUCCCAUCAACAAUAUUGUUACAUUUGAAACGUCCAAGCAAGAUUGGCUAAUGUUCCGACAGAUAACUAUUACCGAAUUUUACAAGUCCUUCGUGUUUAUAUAAUUUAGUAUUUUAGACAGGUUAGAACAUUUCAUAAACGGCUCUUGGUCAAUAGUCGCGCAUUAUCUAGAUUUUCUUUUAACGCUUUAUUCUUCGUUCCCUCGAAUAUUAGUUACACUUAAUAUAAGCAUUAUCCCAUUAGUAACUACUUUUUACGGUGAAAUCUCUAGUCUUGGGCCACAAAUCCGAGAUUUGUAGCCAUUCGCAAAGGAAACCGUAUAAUCAAAUUAUACACGCAUGCAUCAGGCAUCUCAUCAUUUUUGUGUUUGAAAUAUAUCUUUUGAGAACUGAAUACUGAUGUAAUCGUUCUCUCUUAUUUGAAUGCGAGGUCUCCUAGAUAAUAAAGCGAUUUUGUUUUUGUCCAGGCUACAAGAAAUUGUACACAAAUAUCAAACAAAAAUUAUUAAAUUAAUAUUGAUUUCUCGUACUUCCUAAUGUUAUUGAGUCUGUAGUGACUCUUGUCACUAGUGUACCGUAUUUUCUUGUCCUUUUUUAUGAUAGCAAAGACAAGGUAGAGUUGACAUGCUUCCAACACUGCUUACUAGUGUUGUAUUUUCAACCUACAUUUAUAUAUACACUUGAGAGUUCGAGUCCUCGUACAAUAUAUAAACAGUUUGUUUUGAAUAUAACAAUACGUUAUUGUAUUGAAAUCGAAACCAAGUCUGAAAGCACAUAAAAGUACUCGUAAGAGUAACAAUCUUCCUCCGCAACUUUUGCUCAUGUGGUAAUUAACGCGGUUGAGCUAGAUUAACUGGAAGUUGGUGCGAUAUUGACUGCUUAAAAGGACAACAAAAUGUUGUAUAGAUCUUCCACUGGGUGACGUGCCGAGUUCCUGCAGUCAGUACAUGCAUGCACUUCGAGUUCGACUGAUUGUUUCUUUGACUUUGUCCUUUCAAAUCCCGCAGAAACAUUUAACAUCUAUUCAAUACACUGUUUAUUUGGUACUAUAUGGGAGUACACAUUAUCUCAGGUUAGUCUUAAUAUAGUUUUAGCAGCUAGAGUCUAGACGCUAUAGUCUUGCCAAAAUACAAAAUCGAAAGCGUUUUAUAGUAAAAAAAAUAUGGUAAUGCGCGUUUCGGGCAGUCGCUCCUAGCCGACUAAUACACGUGCAUUGCCUAUUUGGAAGCAAAUUGAAACUUUAUGUACAGCUGUAACAAGGUAUUUUCUAUCACCUCAGUAAUCUUCAAGAUUUCAGCAAAAAAUAUAUAAUGUAUUCAAUUGCCACUUUGGCCUCUGAAGUGAUGUAGUUAUGCACGAAGUGCCUUGUGGGAAGGGCCUCAUUCUUAUUCACUAUUACUCAAGUAUUCACCCAGUGACUGUGAACUGUCAGUAUUAUACCUAUUACCAUUUUGUAAACUAGGCUAUUACCUAGCUUGUUUUCCACUCUUAUAAAAUUGGGAAAUAUAUUUUGUGUUUGGACGUAGGCCUACAUGUAUAUGCCCAAAAAAGUCAAUUCAUAAAGGAGUUCUUAAUUAAUUAAAAGCCUAUAAAAUUAACUUAUAUUUUGUAGGUAAAGUUACAUAGUCAUAGAUAUGUGUAGUACAGUGUACUGUCUAACUAUACAAUCUGCUCAGUAUUUUUUAAUUUUCUUUCAAUUCAUACUAACGAUUUUGGAUCAGGGCAAAGGGCAUGAUGUUCUUUGAAUUUAGAUGGCCUGAUGUUGAUUGUUCAUUAGUGACGGUAUAUUGAUUAUUGUGACAAGAAAUACAAUACUGUAUUUGAUAAUUUACACUAGACAAGUUUCUUGUUUACCACUUCCAGCUAGCCUUAGUCCUAGACGGUCAAAGCUGCUGUCUUCUUAUAAUAAUAUUAUUAUAAUCUUUAUUCCUAAAAGGAUACAAACAAAUUAAAAAAUACGAAAUAGAACUAUAUUACACAAAAAUACUUAAUUAGUUGACUGUAACAAAUCAAAAGAUGGUGAUAAAAUUAUGUCGUAUAACAGUCAGUAGAAGAUGUUUUCAAAAUAUUUUUAUCUGACAGAAAUUAUUAUCUGAUUUUGCAACUUGAAUGCCAUAAAUGAACUAUUAAUUUUAUAUAAUACUGUAUAUAUAAGCUACCCGAUGAAAUUAUGUCUUAGAGUUGCAAACGCUGCAUUACUGCCAUUAAAUAAUGUUGACUGUUACAUUGCAUAUUUCUUCUUUUUAAAGUUAUUUCCCCCAUCUUUUUGCCCAACUUACGUUUAUAAUUUGCCCAACUUCUGAGUUCUCGACGUUGUUGAAUCUGAUCUCUCCAGUAUUCCAUGAACUUUAGAUGUAAUGUAUAGUCUUGAAAGAAUGGCAAAUAUUCUCGACUUGUUUGUCAGUUGGUAUCAUAUGAAUUCAAUUUAGUCUAAUUAUUAACUUAAACAGCUGUAGUAAAUACUUAAAUACUUCUAAUUAUGAAUAAUGCAUGUUGUAAAUUGAAUUUCGUACAAACUCAUGCACCAUUAGUGUAAUCUGCAGGGUAUCUGAAGGAGUUGGACUUUUAAUGCGAAGCCAAUGUUUUGUUAUAAGUUAUAAGUGUAUAGCUACAUAUGUUUUAUAAUUAGGGAUAUUCAUCUUAUAUCUCAGACUAUCUAUUAGCUAGUUUGUACUGAGAUUUUGAAUGAACAUCUAUGAUUCGUUUGCAUGCAGAAUUUGGAGGAGUUCCCCUUUAAACAUUUUGGUUCGUAACAUCUCAAAAUAAUCUAUUUACCGAAAUAAUUUUACCUCAUACAAAUGGACUCCAAACUUCAUAACUAUAUGGCAAAUACAGCUCUGCAGAAGCACUCAACGACGUCACAUAGCGAGGGCGCUGACAAAUUCGCGUCUGCACAGAGAACAACAAAAUAACGCCAAAAUAGAGAACAACAGAAAUUACAGAAUAGCUCCUUUAAUAUUUGGGUUGAAUAAAUUUAGAGUUCUCCGAUAAAUUAUUCAUGCAUUCUCCACGACUAUACGGUAUACCCGAACAGGCCACAUACAGUUCACAAUGCAUAAUGCUGUAUAUGUGCACCCUCUGAUGUACACGUAACGAUUACACAGUUAAUUAACGAAUUUUAAUUUUCAUCUGUAGACGAUAAAUUGAAGAAGAAAUGGGGUUCGGAGCAACAACUGCCAAAUGAUUAUUUCGACAGAUGCGAGGAAUUCUUCUUCCGACAGAAUAGCGAUGAAUCGAGAGACCAAGUUCGUUGUUUAUUUUCCAAAGGCGUUGUUCUGUUGGUGAAUAGCUGUUCUGGACCUUCCAGUGAUUCUGUGCAGUCAGCUUGUUUCAAGCUUCUCUACUUAGCUGAUCUGUUUUACAAGAGGUUUAAGAAAAUGAUAGUUGAUGAUAAAGAACUAGUAAGCUGUUCACUGUUUUUCUGCCUCUAUUAUUGUUUGUACACUCCAAAAACUUCCUGGGUAAUGUAACCAUGUCAGUCCAUUUGAUCACUAUCGUGGUUAGUGUAACCAGGAUUUUUGCUUAACCAGGCUAUACAUGACUGAAUUAACCAGAUUAUCUUACAGUAGCUGAAUUAUUAACCAGGAAUUCUUAGUAAAAGGUAAACGGUCCACCUGAGAUAAUCUACUUAAUUCAUAUAAUUGGUGUAAAACUAAAAUGAUAAUAAGGAAGAGAGGGGGUAUCUCUUAAAGGGGGCGGGGUGACAAGACAUGAAGUUCCCAAGGCGUGGAGGGUGUAACUUGCAUAGGCCUAUGGGGCUGAUGCUUUCCAUGGGGGCAGUUGAAAGUUUGCCCGAAUUGUUAUGGGGGAUUGUAAUGAAAUUGCCUGAAUUUAACCUAUUUUCUGAUAAAUCUGCUCGAAUUUCCUUAAUUUCUUCCAGCAUCUGCCCAAAUUUCCAUGGUUUUCCAAAAUUGGGGGGGGGGAGUUGCCCCCCCCUGCCACCUGUCUCGUACGCCAAUGGUAACAUGAUAAAUAUGGCAUGGAAAGUUUAGAUAUUUAUAUUUGGUUCUAGUAGUUCUUUAAUUAGUGUUUUGAAGAAAGAACUUCGCUUCAAAUAAAAUAUUCCGACAUACCGGAGCUAUUUCAUGUUGGAGCCACAUACAUAGUCAUAGUAGAUAAGAUUACCAUCAUUGCCGCGUCAUUUCAAUACUACAGUUGCAAAGAACUUUCCACGUUAUGAAUAUGCAUUCUGCAAAAAUAUUGGGAGGUAUGCACCCCCCCCAAAUCAGCAUGAAAUUUAACAAGGAGGACUUAGCUCCCUGAGGUUCUAACAGGGAGGAUGAUCCCUUCUUCCACCACCCGCCCCCUCUUCCACACCACUGACCAUAUAGGCCAGUUAAAUUAGUCAGGAAUUCUGGUUAAAUUACGCCUGACUAGCUAUGAUCAACUGAAUUAACCAGGAUUGUGGUUAAAGUAACCAGGAAAAGUAUUACAACCAGCAACAUUAAGUUACCUGUUACCCCCAAACAGUGUUAAUUUUAGAUAUUAAUAAACCAGGAAAUUUUUAACUAGAGGGCGUUUUUAGAGUGUACAUAGCAAUGACCAGUCCACGUUCUCCAACUAUUUGCAAGAAAACAUGUAUAAAAAUAUCGUCUUGAGUUAUGUUUAGUUAACGAAAUGUUACAUACUAUUCUGAGCAUGUUAUUUACGCUAUAUAUUCAUUCUCAUACCAUCUUUCUUUUAAGCUGAAUAUAAAGCCUUCACGUAUUACCAAACUUUCGGCUCUUGGUAAUCGUAGACGAAUGUCAGGUAGACGGAGGCGAAGAAGUCCAGAACCAGUUGAAGUUAGACUGCAAUUAUCUUACAGAAGUGAAGUUAUUUAUCAUUAUAACGUAUUACUCAUGUGUAUGUCAUUACAACUUGUAAUUCUUACAAGUUUGCUGGGCUGGGGAAUGGGGGUUUUAUAAAGGUGGCAAGCAUUUAAAUGAACAUGUAUUGGAAGGAGAUUUAUCAGAUUUAAUUAGGCAGUGAAAAUGGCUCCUUAGUAAAGGUUUCUCUUUAUGUGUAGAUUGUAUCAUUUGUUUUUGUUGGAAAAAUUAAUGCAUGCAUGGUUGCUUUUCGGCAUUGUUUAUUCCUCAUCGUGAUUAAUUAAUUAAUAUUAUUUAGGAACAUUCUCUGUCUAAAACUAAGAAGUAGGGUGAGGCGUUUAAUCGAUAAGUUAUAAAUUUUUUUGACAUAAGUUAUAAAUGUUUUCCCAUUCUUUUUCAGACGGUUUUAAGUUUUUACCCUGAACCGCCUCAACCUAUUCAAGAGUAUACAACUAUGUGUUUUGUAGAAACCGAACGGAGCCAUCUUUAACCAUAAUUAGAUAAAUGAGGCAGGGGAGGAGAGUAGAGGAGGGUGAUGAGGAGAGAGCAAAUUAGAUUAACAGGGCCGCUGAGAGAACUCGCGGGGACCGGGGCAAAUCUUCCCUGGGGGCCCAUGAUAUCAAUAUAUAGUCCUUAGCUAUAUAGACUGCAUGUGAAGGUACGGUAAGGGGCCCUCAAUUUCAAAAAAUGCUCUGACCAAUUUAAAGAAUCUACUCAAUUUUAGGCUUUUGCGUUCAAGUUGAAGCCCUAUUAAGGUGGGGCCCCGGGGAAAUUUGUCUCCUCCCCCACCCUCUCGGCGGCCCCGUAGACUAGUGAAAAAAGUGAGCAAGAAUUAGAAAUUAGUGAAAAAUUAAUUUGAAGAAAAAAGAAAAAUUUAAAAACAAAAAAAAUUAAGAAGGAAGAUUUCAAAACAAAAAUACAUCGAAGAUGGGAUACAGAUCCUUAACAUGAAUUAAGGAUCUUUCAAGAAACGGAUGUUUAAACGAGAAGGUAUUAAACAUUAAACGAAACUAAUAAUCGAGAAAAGAAUAAUAAACCGGCCGAAUUAAACGACGGAAAAUAUUCGAGAUUUGAAGUAAAACGGAUUUUACUUGCUAAAAAUGUGUUAUGUGCUAACAAUGGUUUCAAUGCAUGUAAGUUAAAAUAUUUGAUAUUAAGAUUGUACAUGAAGAAACCUAAACAAAGCACGAGAUAAACAAAGAUGUCAAUAUAUGAUAUACGAUAAAAAUUAUAGUCGAUGAUAUUAAAAAUUGAUAGGCUAUAAUGAUUGGUAAAUACAUUGACAAUUGAUGUUCAAGAAGAAGUACCAAUCGAACGUUCUUGAAGACCGCGUCUUUUGACAAUCGCUUUACGAUGUUGAUGACAAGUUGAUAAAUUACGAGUAACAUUUAUUAAUAAGGUUGAACAGAACAACCAUGACGAAUCGAAGAUAAGUUAAAGGUUGCAAAUCGUAAAAUAUACAGAUGUAACUGUGAGCAUGUAUGUGUUAUAAUACGGGAUGUUCUCAAUUAAGGCAAGUGUCUUAAAAAUUAACAAUGGUUUAACUAUAAUAAAGUUGCAAAGUCAAAUUGGUUAAAUUUAUUAAAUUUAUCAAAGAGACGAAAGUAAUCGAAGUACGAGUUAAACAAAUGUAGCAAUCGAAGUGGAAUAAUAUUGAAAAAGGUUUAGUUGUUGUAUCUUUAAGUAGAUACGUGUUUUGUAGAAAACAAAACCGCGGAACCGAAGUCACAGAUCGAUGUGAAUAUAUGCAUAUUUUAGUUAUAUAAAAUUUGUAAUGCGAAUAUUUGGUCAAAUUGUGACUGUAUUUCAAGUACUUCAAAGUAGGUGACCUGCUGAUUGCUGAAUUACUACGAAUGUAGACUAUAACUAUCAUAUCACUGGAAUUUGUUUCCAAAUCCUUAAUAUGGAGAUUUAGUAUAAUUACAUAGGUGAUUAUUGAAAAUUCUCCACGCUGAUUGGUUGCCGUUGAGGUGAUUAUUACGCGAUAAUCACCUAAGCGAUUUUCAAAAUGACGGCCGAAGCUGUUUUGUCAAUUAAAUGACGAAGAAAUGUGCAUUUUAAUUUUUUUUUCCAAAUAAUCACCUAUGAAAUUAUACUAAAACAAUUAUUCACCUCAGGCUCGGUGAUUAUUGUGAAUAAAAACCUCGACUUCGUCUCGGUUUUCAUUCACCGAUAAUCACCUCGCCUUCGGCGAAUAAUUGUUAAAUAGAUAGUAUAUGGAUCUCUGUUGGAAAUAGUAUGAAAAUCCAAUUUUCAGAAUAAUUGUAAUUUUCAUAUUCUUGGAUAUAGUGUGGAAAUAGUAUGGAUAUACUACGGAUUUAAUUAUGUAAUUGCAAAUUCCGUAGUAAGGAUUUCACUACUUUUUUCCAAUGAAGCUAUAACAGUAUAAGCUUAUUGAAUUGUUGUAAAGUACCACGAAAGUAGACUACAACUAUAAGCCAGCUGAAUUUUUGUAAAGUACUACGAAGGCAGGCCAUGCACGAUCAGAAAUUGCAGCCACACAUUGAGAGCUAAGAUGAGCCAGCUCAUCUUAACCGGCUGAACAUGCGUAGAAUGUACAUGCUGACGUGUAAGAAAUAUUAAUGAGAAAAGCUGCUAAAGUAUUUCAAGAUUUAGUUUUUGAUUUGCUGGUAGAAUUUCGAGAUUUAGAGUUUAAAGUUAAAUUAAAGGCCCAAGAAAAAUAUUAGGUGACUCAAGCAUAACUAAAAACUAUUUAAACCUACAAUUCGAGUCUUGAUUUCGCCACAAAUAAGUCGAAAUAAAGCAAAACAAAAAGUGCAGGAAAAAUCUUGACUGAGCCUACAAUGUCAUGCAUUGAAUGCCGCUGACCAUUUUUCUGUGCAAUUUCCUGGAUAUGGAUUCAUGUCUCGCUGUUUAUGAAUUAGGGUUAGCGGUUAGGGUUAGGGCUAGGGUCAGGGUGAGGAUUAGCAUUCAUAAAUAGCGAGACAUGAAUCUAUAACCAAUUUCCGAUCGUGUGUAGCUCGUAAAGCCUGCUGAACUGUUGUAAAGUACUACAACAGUAGACUAUUACUAUAUAAGCCUGCUAAAUUUUUGUAAAAUACUGUGAACAGUAGACUAUUACUAUAAGCCUGCUGUAUUGUUGUAAAGUUCUACGAAAGUAGACUCAGCGCUCUUGAUCAUUCUAUGUAAAAAGCGCUUUAUAAUUAUGAAUUAUUAAAUUACUAUUAUUAUUACUAUUACUAUUACUAUUACUAUAUAUUACUAUUACUAUUACUAUUACUAUUACUAGGCUAUAUAAGCCUGCUGAAUUGUUAUAAAGUUAGUAUACUACAAAAGUAGACUCAGCGCUCUUGAUCAUUCUAUGUAAGAAAACGCUUUAUAAUUAUUACUAUUACUAUAUAUAUAAGCCUGCUGAAUUGUUGUAAAGUACUACGAAAGUAGACUAUAACUAUAAGCUCGCUCUUUUGUUGUAAAGUAGCUAUACUAUACUACUAUUAAAAUAAAAUGCGUAUUUUACAUGUGUGUACUA